AUGCUUGAGAAACCAAAGACGGGUGGUUAUGAGUUUGUCCCAAAGCCACAACUUGAUAAACCCAAGACAAAUGGUUAUGGGUAUGCUUCAAAGCGAGAGCUUGAGAAACCUAUGACACAAGGAAAGCUGCUACCCUGCAUCACUGGCAUUCAAGGACUCAUUUAUUGUAAGUCUGGCCCUAAACUCAUUCCACUUGAAGUGUCUCCUUAUGAGCUUGAAGAUGCAUGGAAACUUACAGAGUGCAAGGUAUUACUUGAAAAAUCUCCAUUGGAGACCUGUAAAGUUCCAGCUGAUGUCAACAAAGGAAUUAGCGGCGCUCCUCUUUCUUCUUUUCGUCUUCUCAAGGAUGAAAACAUCAAAUUGUACUCUGUUGGGCCUUUCUUUUACACUUCAGAACCUAAACCUGUCUUCUAA